AUGUGGGGUCGUGGGAAGCCCAUGGCCGUCAGUCAGGGGGGUGUGACCUCUGGCCAGACCUCCGGCCAGGGCACAGAGGAGAUGGAUCACUUUGAACAGGUGAAGGAUCAUGAUCAGGUCCACCUCAAACAGACUGCAGUCAUUCUUUCGACAUUUCCAUCAGUAGAUGAAAUGCAGCAACCAAAGUAA